GUCUUAAGAUGUCACGAACUAAUCAGAGAACCGUAUUAGCAACUUAAGAUAUUAUUUAAGACGAUCUUGUAAUAAGAACAAACUAUGAAUUCCGGCCUAAAAGACUAUCCGAAUAGGUUUAAAGCAGCUCAGUGUUAUCCAAUCAUUAAAUUUGUGUACAAUUAUAUCCCAAAUGCCUUGUAAUGUAGAAUCAGCUCCAUUGGGAAAGAUCACUAUAAAUCGAAAGAAUGUAUACCAAGAAAUCUAUGGAUUUGGUGGAGCUGUAACUGAUUCAGCGGCUAUGAAAAUUCAUGACUUAACGCUCGAGGUGUCCGAGCACUUGUUGAGAAGCUACUUUGGUCCGCAUGGUAUCAAUUACAAUUUCAUAAGAACGCCAAUGGGUGGCUGUGAUUUCUCAACGAGACCUUACGCUUACGCAAUGGAAGAAAACGAUACUUCGCUUCAUCACUUCGAAUUACAAAUAGAGGAUUACCUUUACAAGAUACCGAUAAUAAAGCGAGCUCAAAAAAUAAAGAAAGGGGAAAUUAAGUUGUUGACUGCACCGUGGAGUGCCAAUCCUUGGAUGAAAACUAAGAAAUCUUGGACGAUUGAUACUAAAUUACGUCCAGAAUAUCGACAACUAUGGGCAAAUUAUUUCGUAAAAUUUUUCGAGGCUUAUCGUCAUAGUGGUUUAGAAUUCUGGGCUACAACGCCUCAGAAUGAGCCAGAAAAUUACAAGUAUAUUCCGAUAACUAAUGACAAUAUGUCUAUCAACGCAAUGGCAUGGACAGCCGAGGAAGAACGUGACUGGAUUAUCAAUAACUUGGCGCCAACCUUAAAGAAAAAUAAUUUCGGACAUAUCAAGAUCUUCAUAAUGGAUGAUACCAGAUUAUCGGUUCCUGAUUGGCCAAAAACAGUAUUUGAAGAUAAAAGAGCAAGAAAUAUUGUUUCUGGAACCGCGGUCCAUUUUUAUUUUGAUCAUUUUAUCAGUCCGAGUGUCUUGGAUGAAAUAAAAGAGCUGUUUCCAGAGCAGUUAAUAUUAUACACAGAAGCUUGCGCUGGAGUUUUCGAAGAUCAAAACGUGAUACUGGGAUCGUGGAAACGUGCCGAAUUGUACGCAGCAAAUAUCAUCGAAAACAUGUCGCACUGGGUGUCCACUUGGAUAGAUUGGAACAUUGCUUUAGAUACGAAUGGUGGACCUAACUGGAUCAAAAAUUUUGUCGAUUCUCCAAUAAUAAUCAACAGCACUGCCAAUGAAUUCUAUAAGCAACCGAUGUUCUACGCAAUUGGACAUUUUUCAAAGUAUGUCCCACCUGGCAGCAAGAGAAUUGGCACAAAAUCGGAGAAUAUCGCGAAUAUUCGAAAGAUUGCAUUUUCCACGCCUGAUGGCAGUACCGUAUUGGUGAUCUUAAAUCUGAACGAAGAGGACAAAGAAAUUUUGAUCCACGAUCCAAAGAAAGGAACAACAAAGCUAAAAAUUCUUGCAAAGUCCUUAAAUACCAUGAAAUAUUGGUGAUGUAGUUAAAAUAUAAAUCGGCUGUAUAA